CUCAAAGGCAUCUCGUAACGAACAAUCCUGUUCUGUUUAUUAAACUCUCAGCUCGAAAUCCAAAAAUUGAUUGGCAUUUAAAUUCACCAAUCAGAGGGGUUGGCCUACAGACGAUCUGGCACCAAAUUCUCAUUACUUAUUCACAACAACAGAAUUAUAGCGAAAGAGAAGAAUUAUCUAUUAGGGAGCUAACAGUGUGUCUACAGAAUCUUAUAUGUUCUUGCAGUUGCUCUGCUUCAGUGGGAUAUCAAGGAUACUAACAGUUCGUUAACCUAGCUCCUGGAUGUUGGCACAUGGGGACUGUGGCUCAUGAAAUCGGUCACGCUCUUGGGUUCUUUCACGAACAAUCUCGACCGGACAGAGACAGAUUCGUGAGAGUUGUCUGGUACAACAUUCAAAAAGGUAUGGGCUAUAACUUCAUGAAGGUCAACCACAUUAAUUCGUUGGAGGAACCAUAUGACUUCGAUUCUCUUAUGCAUUACGGUAGUACGUUUUUUAGCAAGAACGGUCGUCCAACCUUGUUCCCACGAAAGAAAGGGUGAGACUGUCUUUACUGCUUUACUAAAACAAAUACAAAAAUUUGCUAUUAAAUACUGUGCUGCUACAGUAGUACACAGGAACAUUUUACUCUUCUCGUGUAAAU